AUGCCAAAACUUUCUAACCAGCUCCCACUGCCCCUCACAAUCGAAGAUGCUUACCUUUGGGAAACGUUUGUUGUUUCACCAAGCAAUGAAGAAGCCUUCUUACAUCUUAAAGCCUGGAUGGACUGGGAAACGCCUUUUACUCUUCUUCUAGGAGCAAAAGGCAGCGGUAAAACACACAUCACCCACGUUUGGUCAGAAGAAGUCGAUGCCUAUAAAGUUUCUAGCUUAGAGGCACCGGAAAAAAUGUUUGAAGAUUUAAACAGAAAAAAAAAUACCCACCUUGCCAUCGAUCCUUUACCACACCCUUUGUCUCCAGCACAGCAGGAAACCCUUUUCCACCUAUACAAUACGGUAAACCGCAAACAAGGAAGGCUCCUCAUCACGAUAGAUCAGCCUUUAAUCUUAUACGAUAUUCAACUGAAAGACCUAUUAUCCCGCCUUAAAGCUUCACAUCUAGUAGAACUUUUCAAUCCUGAUGAUAAUCUUGUGCGCGGACUCCUUGUCAAGAACUGUAGCCAACAUCAAAUCCAAAUUCCAAGUGCAACUCUCGAUUACUUAAGUGUACGCAUCAAACGCCAAUACAAAGAGAUUCACAAAACCACAGAAAUCCUUAUUCAAGAAGCACUUGCUCGAAAAAGCGCCCUUACAAUUCCGUUUGUAAAAGGCGUCCUUUCAAUUUAA